AUGUUUAAACUGGCAGAAUCACUUACCCUUUCACAAAAUGCAAAUGAAUAUGACAUUUUAAUCGAGGAAGGUCAACAAGAAAAUGCAAACACACAAGAUGUUCGAGCUACCGUGAAGACUUCUCACGGCGGUAAUAAAGAAGUUAAAAUAAAAAUGCAACCAGCGACGUACAAGAUAAAACUGCCAAAAAAAUUUGAAGACUAUCCAAAGAAAACAGCCGUUAUUAUUAGUGUCCUGCAUUUAAUAAUUGGUUCAAUAUCAUUGGCCAUAUUCAUUUUCAACCGGACAAGUUUGAGGGGUAUCAAAAUGUCUAGCAAAUACCUUGAUUAUUACAUGUUGUUCGGUAAUGAACUGUGGUCCGGAAUAGCGGCCAUUGCUUUUGCUAUCACAAACAUCAAUUCUGCACUUUUGUCUUUUUAUUCCUUUGCGUUCAUUGUGAAGGACAUCCACUUUGUGGCGGUAUCUGACAGGUGGGAUUAUAUCGACUCACCGAAGUAUAUACGUGGAAUAGUCAUCGUAAAUUCUGUGAUUGCCAUCAUGCUACUGUUUGAGUUUGUUGUUGCUCUUUCUGGCAGUGUCAUAUUUAACAAAAUCAUCUGCAAAGAAGCCCAAAAAACGAUUGAGGUAGAGAUAGAAGAUUCGGAUGUACAAAAUUGA